GCACCCAGCCAAACAUCGUCCACUGCCGGCCAACACACACUUAGCAAGCACUGGACAGCACACCACAGCCACCUCCGGAGAGAGCUGUGUCCACUGUGCCACCACCACCUGCCCAGGGAGCUGCGACCACCGUGCCACUGCCACCUGCCCAGAGAGCCUCAUCUACUGCUUGUCGCCACCCCAUUGCUAUGCCUGAGUUCCCAGCGGUUGCUCCCUGGCCAUUUCUAUUCCUCCUAGCUUUCCAGGUCUACGUGGCCACUGGAGCUACCCAGCCAUGGCAUUGUGCUCCUUGCUCCGCUGAGAGGCUGGCACUCUGUCCACCCGUGCCUGCCUCAUGCCCUGAGAUCUCCCGGCCUGCUGGUUGUGGCUGUUGCCCCAUGUGUGCCCUGCCGUUGGGUGCCGCCUGCGGUGUGGCCACUGCGCGCUGCGCCCGUGGACUCAGCUGCCGUGCACUGCCCGGGGAGCCUCGGCCCCUGCACGCUCUCACCCGUGGCCAGGGUGCCUGUGUGAUGGAGCCUGCGGUCCCCGCCACGGGCACCACGUCCAGCUCGGAGCACAAAGAGACAAAGGCUGCUGUGGCCCCUGAGGAUGAGCCGUCUGAGAGCCCAGAGAUGACAGAGGAGCAGCUGCUGGAGAGUUUCCACUUGAUGGCUCCCUCCAGUGAGGACCGGCCCAUCCUGUGGAAUGCUAUCAGCACCUACAACAGCUUGAGGGCCCGAGAGGACACCAACAUCAAGAAAUGGAAGGAGCCCUGCCAGCGAGAACUCUACAAAGUUCUAGAGAGAUUAGCCAAGGCCCAACAGAAAGCAGGAGAUGAAAUCUACAAAUUUUACCUACCAAACUGCAACAAGAAUGGGUUUUAUCACAGCAAACAGUGCGAGACAUCCCUGGAUGGAGAGGCAGGACUCUGCUGGUGUGUCUACCCUUGGAGUGGGAAGAAGAUCCCAGGGUCCUUGGAGAUGAGAGGAGACCCCAACUGCCACCAGUAUUUUAAUGUACAAAACUAAAAAGAGAUACUGUAUAUGCUCUCUAACACAAGAUAUUUAAGUAUAUAGUAUAUUUAUACUCUGGAACACACACUUUUUAUAUAUGUGUAUAUGUAUAUAUCUAGGAACUUUAUUUUAUAUAUCACAUAUUGCUUGAUAUAUAAGGCAGGUUUAUAUUUAUUCACUGUAAGUUUAUUUUUCUACACAUUUGUGCUAUAUUAAUUUAUAUAUCAUGAAACACUUUUCAUCACCAAAUGUGUAAAUACUUGCAUUUCAGCUUGUUAAAAGUUCUUGCUUCUUUUUUUUAAAGAGCACAGAGUGAUACUAUCUAGAAAGCACAGAAAGAAAUACAAGGCAGAGAUUUUUCACGUAGCUUAAAGGAGGGCAGUUAAGCUGUGUUUCAGGAUGAUUUACGCUGUGUAUCCCACAUAUCUGUACCUGAUGUCAAUUUGUAAGAGAAAUUAACAUGUUGAUUAUGUAAUCAAAGCUAGAUGUGCUGGUAUUGUUGAUAUGUGUGGAAAUGUGCAUUGAUACACUGUUGAACACACAUUUGGAAUAAAUAUUCUACCUCGAAA